GCCAAACAAGACACAUAACUCCCACAAGUGGCAAGUAGCAGAGUAGUGAUUUGGAACAAGCAGUUAGUUGAGUUGGGUGGAUUUCCAACGCCCUUGAGCCCUUCAGGCGGUUAUUUCCAAGCUCCUCUCUCUCGUUUCCUCCGCCUUCUCUUCUCCUCUUAUACUCUCCUUUUCUCUCUCGCUUCAACCUCCAAAUUCCUCUCUUCCCUUGAACCCAAAAUAUAGAAACACAGAGAGAGAGAGAGGAGCCAUGUCCUUCUCUGCCGCCACCACCCAGCCCCUCCGGCUCAACACCACCACCGCCGGCGCCGCUGCCAGAUCCAAUGACAAGGUACCCUCUUCUCUGCUGAUGUCAAAGACUCCGUCUUUUUUGGGAUCCACCCGCAAGCUCCGACCCGGUUGUGUAGCUGCCAAGCCCAAUGCGCAGCGCCGAUCCGCGGUGGUUUCGGUCUCCGAGGCUGUCAAGGAGAAGAAGGCCAGUGCUUCCACCAAUCUGCUGAUAACGAGAGAGGAAGGAUUGGAGCUUUAUGAAGACAUGGUAUUGGGUAGAGCUUUUGAGGACAUGUGUGCUCAGAUGUAUUACAGAGGCAAAAUGUUUGGGUUUGUUCACCUUUACAAUGGCCAAGAAGCUGUGUCAACUGGGUUCAUCAAGCUUACAAAGCAGGAAGAUACUGUGGUGAGCACAUACCGUGAUCACGUUCACUCUUUGAGUAAGGGUGUCCCCGCUCGUGAAGUCAUGAGUGAGCUCUUCGGAAAGGCUACCGGUUGUUGCCGGGGCCAAGGUGGUUCGAUGCAUAUGUUCUCAAAAGACCACAAUUUGAUUGGUGGGUUUGCAUUUAUUGGUGAAGGGAUUCCAGUGGCAACAGGAGCAGCCUUCAGCUCUAAAUAUAGGAGGGAAGUGUUGAAACAGGCAGACUGUGAUCAUGUGACGUUGGCAUUUUUUGGAGAUGGGACUGCUAACAAUGGCCAGUUCUUUGAAUGUUUGAACAUGGCUGCAUUAUGGAAAUUACCAAUUGUAUUUGUUGUGGAAAACAAUUUGUGGGCUAUUGGAAUGUCGCACCUGAGGGCAACUUCUGAUCCCGAAAUUUGGAAGAAGGGACCUGCAUUUGGUAUGCCUGGUGUUCAUGUGGAUGGGAUGGAUGUUUUGAAGGUGAGGGAAGUGGCAAAGGAGGCAAUUGGAAGGGCCCGGAGAGGAGAGGGACCAACCUUGGUGGAAUGUGAAACAUAUAGGUUUAGAGGACACUCAUUGGCUGAUCCCGAUGAGCUCCGUGACCCUGCUGAGAAGGCACACUAUGCUGCCAGAGACCCCAUCACAGCCUUGAAGAAAUACAUAUUCGAGCACAACUUAGCCAGUGAACAAGAGCUGAAGGCCAUAGAUAAGAAGAUAGAUGAGGUGCUUGAGGAUGCUGUUGAGUUCGCCGACGAGAGCCCGCUCCCACCUCGCAGCCAGCUGCUCGAGAAUGUGUUUGCCGAUCCUAAAGGCUUUGGAAUAGGGCCUGAUGGCCACUACAGAUGUGAGGACCCUAAAUUUACUCAGGGCACUGCCAAAGUCUAAUCUUUGUUGGACCUAUAGCAAUCAACUUGUGCUAUUUCUCUGUUCCUAGAUGCAUGCUAUUAAAUUUUAGUUACUGCUAGCAGUUCUUGUCACUUAAAAAGAAGAUUGUAUUUGCAUUUCUACUGGAAGCAGGAUACUUGUGUUUAGCGUGGGUCUUUCAUUUGAAUUUUGGUCAUUCGUGUACGUUUCAAGUUAUCACUCUUUCUGUAAUUGCAAACAAUACCCUGAAGGGAUGUCGGUUCUUGUCCAAUUUUAUCAUAAAUUCUAUAUUUACAGAUUAUUCUCAGAAA